AUGGGGACCCAGGAGUCGUCCCCUGACACUGGGUACAAGUCUGAUGUGGCGCCUAGUGUGUUUUUGGCAGUACCAAAGCCGUUAAAAUUUCAACCUGGCCCUGCUGGGCAACUGUACAUCAAACUCUACCACCAGUUAGUUGCCAUUAACCCAGGAUCAUAUACCCCAGAUUUUGCCAGGUCACUCAACAAUCUAUAUCCUGCUCUUUCGGAUCUUGGAUGA